CCUGUGGCAGAAGGACAUAUGAGCCAAGACUGAAGUCUGCUCUACUACACACUUGUAAUCCUACAACAUGCCGAGUGGACUUAGGAUCAUGAAGUUACAUAUAUCCAUUCUGCUGAUGCUGCUUUCCAUGAACAUUGUCCGCGGUGGCGAGGGCUAUUAUCCUGAACGAUACCAGAAACAAUCCAGCGUGAAGGGACCUUUCUUACCUUUCAUUACAAAAAGCCAUGUUUUACAGGCUCGGGGAGAGCAAGGCCCGCCUGGCCCACCAGGCCCAAGAGGGCAACCAGGCCCUACGGGGAGUCCAGGGAAACCAGGGUAUGGCAGCCAAGGACCUCCAGGACCAGAAGGUCCUCCAGGGCCACCAGGAAAUUCUGCUGUUGGAAAGCCAGGCCUGCCAGGUUUGCCAGGAAGACAAGGCAACAGAGGAUUACCAGGUGAAAAAGGAGACAUGGGACCAGCUGGUCUCCCAGGGCAAAGAGGGUUUCCAGGAGCUGCUGGAAUUCCUGGUCCAGCAGGGGUUUCUGUUGCUGGCAAACAAGGACUCCCAGGGUCACAAGGACCAAGAGGUAUCCCUGGAGAAAAAGGUGAACCAGGUAUACCUGGCAUAAAUGGACAGAAGGGAGAAAAUGGAUAUGGAAUUCCUGGCCGCCCAGGAGAAAGAGGGCUGCCAGGGCCACAGGGGUCUCCAGGACCACCUGGACAUGCAGGGGUAGGGAGGCCCGGAGAAAGGGGAUAUCCAGGACAGCCAGGUAUUAAAGGUGACCGCGGUUUACCAGGCACACCAGGACCAGCUGGCAACUCAGGUCCCCAAGGCCCUUCUGGGCCACCCGGAGAGCCAGGAAUAGGAAAACCUGGUCCUACUGGACCACCAGGAUUACCAGGAAUUCCGGGAGCAAAAGGACUUCCAGGCCCUUCAGGCUUCACUGGACCUUCUGGUCUUCCAGGAUUUGGAAAACCUGGGCUACCAGGGAUGAAGGGACAAAGAGGUCCCGAAGGUCUAAAUGGCGUUCCAGGAGCAAAAGGAGAACAAGGCCCAGUUGGUGCUCCAGGGGAACCAGGGCCCGUUGGACCACCUGGGCCAAUGGGCCCCCAAGGGCUGAGAGGUGCAGCUGGUGAAAAUGGCUUUCCUGGGGCUAAAGGCGAAAGAGGCCCUGCAGGACCAGCAGGUUUCCCAGGAAUUAAAGGGGAGAGAGGUUUACCUGGACUGGAGGGGAAAUCAGGAUAUCCAGGAGAGCCAGGACUUCCUGGCCCAAAAGGACAUCCAGGUUUGCCAGGCCCUAAAGGGGAUACGGGCCAUGCUGGGUCUCCUGGCCUACCUGGCCCAAUGGGUUCACCAGGACCUAAGGGAACAGCAGGAUUUAAUGGUGUGCAAGGCCCAAAAGGCCCACCUGGAAUACCUGGUACAAGAGGUCCAGUUGGCCCACCAGGUAUCCCAGGAUACCCUGGCAGUAAAGGGGAACAGGGGACACCAGGAUUACCUGGUCCAGCUGGUAUUGCAACAAAGGGCUUAGACGGACCUACAGGGACUCCUGGACUGCCAGGUCCAAAAGGCAACAAUGGAGAGCCCGGAUUGCCAGGCCCUCCAGGUCCACCUGGCCCUCCUGGACCAGCAAUAUUCCCAGAAGGUCAAGCACUAGCAGGUGUGCCUGUUAUCAAAGCUGGCGCAAGCCAAGGUUUAACUGGAAUGCCGGUUUCAGCUUUCACUGCCAUUCUUUCCAAAGCAUAUCCUACAUCAGCAGUCCCUAUCAGAUUUGAUAAAAUUUUGUACAACAGACAACAGCACUAUGACCCCAGGACAGGGAUCUUCACAUGCAGGAUACCAGGACUGUACUACUUUGCUUACCAUGUGCACGUGAAAGGAACACAUGUUUGGGUUGGCCUGUACAAAAAUGGUUCACCCAUCAUGUACACCUUUGAUGAGUAUAAGAAAGGGUACCUUGAUCAGGCUUCUGGUAGUGCUGUUGUUGAUCUCAUGGAAAAUGAUCAAGUCUGGCUGCAACUGCCCAAUAAUGAAUCAAAUGGCUUGUACUCCUCAGAGUAUGUCCAUUCUUCCUUCUCAGGCUUCUUGUUUGCUCCAAUUUAACACUA